CCCCGCCCCUUCUCCACCCGCCCUGCCACGUGCCAGGGCGCGUGGCCCGUGCUGGAGCUGGGAAGAGGGCGAAUUCAGGCCGACACUGGAGCCCGAGGAAAUUGUGUAUGAGAUACUAUGGCAAGUCAGCUAGUGAAAUCUGCAGAGAAUAAAAGUUGUAAGCGCCCAAGAGAGAUGGAGAAUGAAACUUUAAUGAGUCCACAAAUGUCUUCCCUUCCAAAAUCAGAUUCUACUUUUUCUGAAAGUGCUAUGCCAUCAUUUUAUAAAGCUGAAGUUCUGGAGAAAGUUUUAAAUGAUAUGAACAAGGAGAUUAAUCUACUGUUGACUAAAUAUGCACAGAUUUUAAGUGAGAGAGCAGCAGUGGAUGCUUCUUACAUUGAAGAGUUUGAUGCAAUCUUCAAAGAAGCCAGUACUUUAGAAAAUCUUCUGAAACAAAAAAGAGAAAGUCUGAGGCAAAGAUUCACAAUGAUUGCAAAUACUCUGCAAAGCUAAAAUGAAAUAUAUAUGCAAAAUAACAUGAAAUACCAAGCUCUUUAUACACCAUAUCUAUUGUAUAUUUAAAAUGAUAAUAUGUGCUUUGAAAAUAUAAUAUUCAUCUCCUAAAAUUA